AUGUCAGCGAUAAGUCCUUGUGCACGAUGGAACAUAGUAGGGACAACCAUAGCCGGAACGGGUACGGCUGGAAAUGGUUCCAAUCAACUCGACUAUCCAGAAGGGCUUUUUAUUCAUAAACCAACUAAUACAUUAUAUGUGGUUGAUUCGUUUAAUUCGCGCAUUCAAAGUUUUUUACUCGAUCAAUCGUCGAACAUCAGCACCAUUGUAAUACCUAAUUUACGGUAUCCUAGUCGAAUCUAUGUCGACGAUGGUGAAAACGUCUCAACCAUCUAUGCCACAGACUCAUAUCCGCUAUAUUGUGGCGUUCAAUGGGUCGUAGGAGCACCGUCUGGUGUAUCAUUAGGUGAUAAAUUCAGUUCUUGUCGGGGUAUUUCGAUUGACAAAGAGAAAAGUGUCUUUUUGACGGAUUGGCUAUUAGACAUUUUAAUUAAAGAGUCACCAGGAAUGAAUGACAGUAUAGUCAUUGCUGGUAAGCCAAAAGAAUGUAAUUCGACGAGCAAACAUUUCUGCGGUCCUAGCGGCAUCUUUGUCGAUCAAACUAGUGGUACAGUAUAUGUAGCUGAUACCUGGAACAAUCGUAUCCAAAAAUGGCUGAAAAAUGCACAAGAAGGAAUCACAGUGGCUGGUUCAAGCAAUGGUAGUUAUGGACAUGAUGCUGCAUCGUUAUACUCCCCUCAAGAUGUGUUUGUUGACAUCGAUACUAGUGUAUUAUAUAUUGCUGAUGGAUACAAUGGACGAAUUCAACGUUGA